CAGUUCAGGGUGUACCCCGCCUUCUGCCCGAUGACAGCUGGGAUAGGCGCCAGCAUGCCCGCGACCCUAGUGAGGAGAAGCGGCUCAGAAAAUGGAUGGAUGGAUGGAUGUUUUAACAUAUACAAACAAAUGUUGAAAAAGGCCUACUAUAUUAAUUAUCCAUGUUAAUGACAGUAAAAUUCAAAUACUCAUUGGCACUUACAACAAUCUAGCCAACGCAUUCAUCGCUGUCUUUCCAGUAUCAAAUGUGGAAAAAAGUCCCAUGCGCUCCUGUAGUUCUCAACAUCAUUAUCCUAGCAAAUGUGUUCAUAUGAUUUUUAACAUCGAUUCCAUCAAUUUCUUUUUAAUGUCUGGGGUGGAUGUACUGUAUUUUUCCAUUAUCUGAUGAUGAUCCAUGCAGCCGUGAUCACUGUAAAAUUAUGUUUACAGGUAUUGGACAGUUCUGUUUAAUCUCCCAGUAGACAUAUAUAAUUUCCCUAUAUAAUAUAAGACUUCUCCCAAGAAAGGUUCGAUAAUUUUGCACUCCCAAAUUUCGUUUAUGAAUAUUCCCGUUUCUGACUGACAUUUCCAGCACCUCUUAUUAGCCACUAAGCCCAUCCCAUGCAGUUUGGAGGGGGUAGUAAGAAACCUAUGUAUUAAUUUGUACUGGAUAAUCUUUGCUCCACCCUCGCUUGCAUAUUUCCCAGCAUUUGAUGAAUUUUUUAGACACUCCUCACUCAGACUACACCCUAGAUAACUCAACAAAAUUUUAUUUAUAUAGAACUUUAAGCACAACCGCAGCUGCAACAAAGUGCUGUACAUAAAACAAAUUAAGAUAACAUACUUUAUCAAACAAUAAAGCAUUAACAAAGUUCAAACAAUAAAAUGAAGAUAGAAGUCCGCUGUUGUCUUUUUGUAAUAAUCUUUGUAGUACUAUAGUAUAUGUAUAUUUUUGUUUCUUUAUCGUUUAUUGUGUUCAGAGUUGAAUCUCCUUCUGACUUGGGGUUCAAAGUUCAUUACUGUCUAUAAUGUAAUAGGAAUGAGUAACAUCAACUUAAAGAACCACCAUUGUACAUUAGUUUUGUCCUUAAGCACCUUCAUGAAUGCUUUAUCUAGUUAAAAAUAAUAAUUUUAGUCAGCAGGUGGACAACAAUUGAAGUGCCAUGUCGUUCAGCUAAGUUUCGCCUUUCUUCUUCAACUAGACUUUUAUUGUGAAAUAUAAGGCUGGAACUACGCGUGUGACUGAGCUUUAGCUGUGAAAUGCGUCAGCGGAAGUGUGCACGCAGGCUGGGCGUAUGUUUUGGCGCCUUUGCGCACCGGAACCGUUCUAAAAGGAUCAAAAGGACUUCUUCUUUUUCUUGUCAGUUAGUAAUCAGUUUGUUCUUAGCUUGUUCUUAGCAGGCAGUCUAAGAUGUCUCACACGGUCAGCCCGACCAGCACCGGCAGGACUUCCGCGUCCGACAGCGUCUUCAACCUGGGAUACAUCCGAACCAUCCCGGGACUGCUCAAGAUGGCCCAGAUGGUGGCGCUGCUGGUCACCUUCCUGUGCGUGCACUGUGCGCGGGGCUGGCCUAACUGGGCGGCGUUCCAGUACUUUGAGGUGGUGGCCAUUUGGUUCCUGGUGGUGCUCCUGGUUUUCUUCCUCAUGCACUUGUGCCGCCUGCAGGCCAAGAUGGGCUGCAUCAAUUGGCUGCUCACUGAAUUCUUCCACUACUGUGUCGGUACGGUGCUGAUCUGCAUUGCCUCCAUUGUGGCAGCGGUGAAGAGUGGAGGAGUGUCUGCCUUGGUGGCGGCUUCUGUGUUUGGGUUCAUCACUACCUUCCUGAUGGCAGUCAGCUUGUGGACGUCUUACAGUGUCUCCUGUGGACCUCACCACACUGGUGCGGCCGUGUAAUGGCCGGAAACAAGAUUAGCUGCCUCUGGAGCCGGCUCACUUUUCUACCUAGCGACAAGUCGACAAGUCAACAUAAUUUGAUGAGAGUUGGGCACGAAGGAGAGGAUCCACGAGCAGUCUUGUUUUUUUUUAAAAAAAGAAGAUAAAAGAUGUCGGAAUGUUGGCGGUGCUCCAAAUAGUCACAUUCUCGUCAUUGUUUCACAACAACAACAGGUGCAAACAAUACAUAGUCAACUUCCUGACUAUUUUUCCCAUCAGUCCUGCUGCUUGUGAAAGUGUCGCUUUAAUUUUUGCUUUUUAAUUAGAGACCAUGAGAGAGAGCAGCGCCCUCUGUUGCCUGUUGUGUGCCAUAACAACCUGCCUGUGCUAUUUAAUUUUUAGCUGUUAACAAUAUUUAACUAGCAUUGAACAUGCUCACCUCGUAAACAGACACGAUGCUAAAACACCUUUAUCAUUUGCCAUGCACCACGCGAGGCUAAAGAAGUGCUAGCAUUUAGCAUGCUAACCUCGCAGACACAAGACUGAACCACCUUCAGCAUCACGUGCCACGCGAGGCUAAAGAAAUGUUAGGAACCUCACAAAUGAACAUGAUGCUGACCAACUACUAUCCUCCACAUAAUUCACACACUCCGCUAGGGUAAAGUGAUUUAAUGCUAAAGCACUUUUGGCAUCAUCAGACAUACUCGGCUAAAGCAUAUAGCAUGCUAACAUUGCAAACAGAUGUAAUGUUGAACCACUUUCAGCAUCAUCUGCGCUGUGCCUAGGCUGAAGAAGUGUUAGCAUAUACCAUGCUAAUCUCUCUAAUGGGCGAGUACAGUAUCGGGCCGAUACAGGCUUUAUUUCAAUACUGGAUACCGAUACUAGCAACUGAUACUUAAGGCAAAAAAAUCUUAAUUAAGUCCUCCUCACCAGUGUUUGGCGCUGCACUGCAGAGGUUUGACACAUCGGAGAAAGAAAAAAGUAAGAAAGGUAUCCAUCCAUCCAUUUUCUGAGCCGCUUCUCCUCACAAGGGUCGCGGGCGUGCUGGAGCCUAUCCCAGCUAUCAUCGGGCAGGAGGCGGGGUACACCCUGAACUGGUUGCCUGCCAAUCGCAGGUAAGAAAGUUAUUUGUUCAUAAUUAUCUGUCAUUGUUUUAAUUGAAAUUGUAUGUAUAACAAAACUACUAGUGGUAUCGGUACUUUGUGUCAGUAUCAGUGACUACACAAUAGUGAAAACUCAUACUGGUAUUGGUCUGAAAAAAAAAAAAAGUAGUGUUAAGCAUUUCUACUAAUGUCGCAUGCCACCACAAUUCUGAACCACCCUCAUCAUCACCAGCCAUGCUAGGCUAAAUAAGCAGACAUAAGGGUCAGCCACCUUCAGCAUCACGUUCCAUGCUAGGCUAAAGAAGUGUUAGCACUUGGGACGCCAACAAAUGCUAGGCUAGUGUGUAAUGUGUCAGUGUGCCAAUUAUUACCUCCCUACGGGUUACAUGCACAUGCAAGCUGUUGUCAGGCAACAGGCAGCUCGGCGUGCACGGUGCUAGUAUUUCAACGUACCACCAAAAUCAAGUUUACACGACGAUGAUGAUUAUUAUUACAAUUAUAACACUUUUAUGCUUAGCAAAUAAAAUGUGAAAGCACACAUCGAGGUCAACAGACUUAAACAACACCUUUGACGUUUAUAUUAAAUCGCAGUCGUAUUUGCAUGCCUGCUACCAUCAAGUGACCUGCAUGUGUAGCUCUGUGACCAAUCACAUGCCACUGACUUUUAUGUCCAAUGAUUUGUCAGGAUCCGAGCAUCAGGAGGUUUGAAUGCCCUCUUGGAAUCACUGUUUAUUAUUAUGUAUCCUGGUGAAUUUUUUGUAUUUUAGGGGCCCCCAGCAUGACCCCAAAAACUCCUUCAGUAGCGCCCCCUGGAGUGUUAGUAAAAAAAAAAAAUAAUUUGAGCGACGUGGACUUGAGUGGAUAUAUCUCAUAACAGGAGGCUCAAAAAAGUUUAGAGGACCCAUGCCGGAAAAAGAGGAAGGCAGCUAUUUUGGGUGAAUUCCCUAAUUAGUGAACCCUGGAUAUUAAAAAAAAAAAUCACCUAGAGAAAGUCAGGGCAGCCUCCCCAUAGGCACAUCCAGGAAAGGUGAGCGUCAGAGCAGACUCUCUGCUCUGACGCGACAGCUGGUUUUCAACAUUUUGAAUUUUGUUCUCCUCCUCGCUCCUCUGUCAUUUUCGCCACAACGUAAACCCAAUCACGGUCAGGAACGAGGUGCAUAAAGCGGCUUCGCCAGCAGUUUAGCCCCAGUCAAAGCGCAGGUUCCUAUCUCUUCCUCUAGCUCCCUGCCUUCCCCUCUGCUGAAUCUAACAAAACACACCCGACAUUGAGACGUUUUAAGUGGUCUCACCAGCAGCUCAGCCACAGUCAAAGAGCUAUUUUAUUUUAUUUUUUUGUAAGAGAAAUCGAUUAGCGGAAUUGUCAGACAAGCUAACAAAUGAUUCCUAGGAAUCUUAAUGACUGGCUUUUUGAUUCCCAUCCCUAAUCAUAACAGGACGCAGAAAAAGGUCAAGCGUCUGUGCCCGAAAUUAAAUGGGAAGUCAGCCAUUUUGUUUGAAAGCAGUCACUUUGGGUUCAUACUGACAGACAAAUAGUAGGGAAUUCACCCAAAGGAGCCCCAAUCAGAUGCUGGUGUCCUAGACAGGUGGGUGGCGCUAAAUUGGAAAGCUUUUUUUUGUUGUUGUUGGCUACCCCAUCUUAUGUGGGUGUAGCAUCGUGUCAAAGUUUGAUAAUUUUUGAGGAUAAGGGCCCAUUCAUUUUAAAAAAAAAAUUCUUUAAAGAGCCAAAUGGAUGUCCAAUGAAAUAUCAAUUGAAAUGUGACUGUCCUUCCAAGUUCAUGUUCAAGUAGCAACAUUGGUGACAUGUUCAAUGUAAUUACACAUGCUAGCUGUUAGCAAGUACUAUACAAAUCAUUUCUAUUCUGCCGAUUUUACACUUUUUGAAGAAAAAUAUUAAACUUGUUUUUACGAGUAAUAUGAACUUUUAUUUUCGACCGAAUGUUCGCACACCUCCCCAAAGUGACGUUGAUUGCAUCCAUGAUUGUAUUAGAUCAUAACACAUAUUUCUAUUCUGUCAUCCAGUGAAUGUUUGAAUCCUGCUGCAACUUUAUUUUUAUGCUAAUUAUUAUGAUUACUUUUUUUUGUGUACACGUGGUCUUAAAAACCCCAACAGAAUUGCUCUUUCCAUGGCUUCAUCUUUUCCCAAAGUGCCUUAAGUGCCACUCAAUGGAGUAGUUUACCUGCUAGCGGCUAGCCAGCGAGCUAGCCUCAUGCUAAGAGAUGCGAUUGUAAUGAUGGAGUACAGUAUUUACAUGCGCUUUCAUGUUUUAUUUCGAGUUUGAAAUUGUGAUGUGCUGCAUGUUGUCGAUUAAACCAUUGUUGCACCAA